AGUUUUAUUUUGUUUUUUCUUUGCUACUCCGUGGUGCGGGUGCAAUUGCGCUAAGUGGAAGAUCACCGAGUCAGCGGAUCUGUUAAUAAAUGGGGUCAGGCUGAGAGGGAGUGCCAUUGUCCGGAUUAGACGCGCCCAAUGUGGGAGUGUGAUUUGAAUCCUGGCCGCCAGGAGGAAAGGCUCAGACAUUAGACGGGCUGAGGUAAGCUGCUCGUAACGUACCUUCCGGAGUUUGCGGCUUACGUCUCUUCACAGAUGGGUGUGCUGUGAUCACUACAUGCGCUGUAUGAUGACGGCAGCGCGACGUGGCCACCAUGCAGUAUGUCUUUCCUUCGUUCCUGUCAUCUCCGUCUGCAUGUGAGCUGCCCUACAGACGGGACGCCCCGGCUCUGACAAAUCUGCCGUCAGCCAGCGAAGCAGGGACGCAGUGAGAGAGACCACGCCACGAUACUUCAACGGUAAGCACCCCCUAGCCAUACUAUACGUUAUGCCGUUUGAAUUGUGAAAUCAGCGGCCCUCUCGCGAAGGGAGGACGGGAGGAUGGGGAAAUGGUGUACCGUGCUGUGUUCGCGCUGCGGAGUUUCAGGAUGCUGAGGCCGACCACCAUGGCCUGCUUAGUUCUAUUGAUAUUUGUGGAGCUGCUGGAUACAACAGCCCAAGCUGCCAUGACGUGCCCGAAGGAGUGCAACUGUAUAGAGGAGGACCACCAUGUCCUGUGUAACGCCCGCCAGCUGAGCACUAUACCCAGGAACUUGCCUAAGGAGACUACAAAGCUGGAGGUGACUUGGAACAAUAUCAGAAGAAUACCUGAGGACGCUUUCUCCAACCUGACCAACCUUGAACUUCUCCACUUACAAGGGAACGCCAUUAGCAACCUCCCGUAUAACUCAUUGCUGCGGCUGCCGGAACUCACGUUUCUUGUGCUCAGUGAAAACCACCUUCGUGACUUCCCGUGGGGGGCGAUCAAGGACAAAGUCGAGCUAACCCAGUUAGCGCUGAACAACAAUCAACUAUCCUCGGUUCCACCCAACGCGCUGAAGACGCUGCGAAACCUCCAGAGGUUAAGCCUCGAGGACAACCAGUUUUCGACGUUCCCGACGGAUUUUUUCCGAGGCCUGCCGUCUCUGACUCGCCUGACGCUUCACAACAACCCGCUGAACUGUAGCUGCGGCAUGCGGUGGUUAAAAACCUGGGUACAGGCCAACAUGGAAAAAGUGCCGAAAGCGAAACAGAUCGAGUGCGCCUGGCCACCACACCUCAAAGGAAAGCGACUCGUCGAGGUAAAUUUCACUUGUCAGCCUCCUCCCAUUUUCGUUUACCCCAGAGAAAUUAUCGUACUAGAAAGAUACACAACAGCGGCUCAGUGCAUCGCUCUAGGGGAACCUAAGCCUUCAAUAAGUUGGGUCUCCCCCGAUAGACAAGUCAUUGGGACGUCCAAGGGACGGAUACGGUCGCUAGGGGCUGGCGUUCUACUCCUGAACCGUGUUGCGAUAGAGGACAAGGGGACGUAUACGUGUGUGGCGUCCACCCCGGGAGGGUCUUCCGUAGCGCAUGUGGUAGUGAAGGUACAGACAAUGACGAGCGCCGACGCCCCGCGGCCGCGCUCUUCCACUCUCCAGCCCCCUACUGCACCCCAGAACGGGAACACCAGCCCGAAAGACCAAAAGAUUCAACCAAUUUCGGUUCGAGCCGAAAACGUGUCACCCUACGGAGCCAAUAUCCUGGUAACGUCAAACACUAGCUACAACAACGCAGGCCCUCUGAGAGUGUAUUACCGCGUCAGGUCCGAUAAACUAUCUCCCGGAUACACCUUUCUACUCAAAGUUGGGGUCAGGAAUUACACCUUUCAAGAAUUCUCUCCAUCGACUGAAUAUAUAGUCUGCAUGAGUCAGAAGAUAGAGCCGACGUUGGAGGAGUGCGUGGUGUUCGAAACUCUAGCGGAAAAGAAGCCGGACUACACGGCGUAUAUCGCUCUCGCCGUGUGCAUAGGGAGCCUGUUCUUGGUCCUUAUUUUCUCGGGACUUGGCUACUGCUGCGCGCGCUGCCGGAUUAAAAAAAGGCGGGGGCCCGGCGGAGGUCAUCACCACUCCUCGCCGCAGUCCCACUCCCGCGAUACGGACCUCCACACCGGUAUCAGUCUGCCCACCAUCUCCCAGCAGGGACACGAGCACAUGAUCCCGCCGCCAAACUACUUCACCAAGUACGAGAACGGCUUCGUUAUUAGCCGCAGCAUUGAGGUAUAGAACAAUGAUAUAUAGUAAUGAUUGUACCAGACUUAUGAUUCCGUAUUGUUCUGCUCUGAUGAAAACGGCUAAUCAAAAAUGUUCCCCAGUUGAAAUCAAAAAGCAAAUUAUUAAUUUUGUCUCAGCCAGAAGAAAUUAUCACAGCGAAGCUUGGACAUUUUAAUCAGCCUGAUGCAGAAUUGAUGCAGUAGAACUUGAGUGACAGGGCGUUACGACGAGGCCGACGAUCUGAAUUCUGAUUGGCCAAAAGGAAGGCUGCUGUGAUCCCCUGACAUUUUGUACAGAUGUACAAAGAUGUAAAUAUGUAAAUUGUGGAUUGUGGUAGGCUCUGUGGUUCCUUCGCCUGUCAAUGUGCUCCGCUUCAAAGAAAAUACUAUAGUCACUGCGAAGUAGGAGACAAGAAGUGCAUACAAAUCGACCCUUUAUCAAAGCUGUGUAGACUAUGAUUUAUAGCGCAAAACCUACGGAUAGACGCAGUAUGGCUUCGUCUGAAUGUAUAUCACUUUUUCAUCAGUUCUCCUACCAUUCAAAUUCAUCACCUGUGGCAAAGAGCUAAACUAGAAAUUAGCACGAUUUCUAACAUCUGGUGAAAAGGCUGCAACAGAUAUCUUGAUCUUACCUAAUUAAAUCUACAAGAGAACUUUAUAGUCUUGACAUGUCCAACUGUGCAGGGAUGAAAGUAUAUAGAUAUAUAUAUUAUUCAUUCAUCAUUGUUUCUAUGUCAGCGACUGAUUUGUUGGUACAUAAUCAGGCAAAACAAGCAAAUUAAGACGUUUCCUUUCGUAAAG